UGAGCGUGUGAUCAUGACAACUACCCUCACACUCCAACCCGCACUGAAGACAGAGUUACCGUGUGGUUAUCUCAAGGACAUGGCUUUUUUCGCGAGGUCGUUGAAAAAAUGGAUGUUGAGGAUCCCCUCACUAAUUGUUAUCGGUAUGUUACUUUUUUUUGUCCUUUCGAAAACUGCCCUAAACAGGCAGUCAUCAUCUAAUCUCAAAAUACCACAGCAGUUCUCUGUAGACCUUCCUGGCUGCUUGGCUAUCAUCAGUGGAGACACAGAAGGCAAGAGAGAAGAACUAGCAGUCCUUCUGGCAUCCAGGAAAAGAAGAAGUUUGUUAUCUGAGGAUUUCUACCUUAAUGUAACAAAGGACUGUUCUUCUUACAUUGAAGAGAGAGGUUUCAUUACAGCACCGCUCAGUGAGGAGGAAAACAAUUUUCCCAUUGCCUACUCCAUGGUGAUCCAUGAGAAGAUUGAGAUGUUUGAGCGACUCCUGCGAGCCGUUUACACUCCUCAGAACAUCUACUGUGUGCAUGUGGACCAGAAAUCCUCUCAAGGAUUCCAGAAGGCUGUGGAGGCCAUUCUCUCCUGCUUUCCUAACGUGUUUGUAGCCAGUAAGUUAGAAAGCGUGGUCUAUGCCUCGUGGUCCAGAGUGCAGGCAGAUUUGAACUGCAUGAAGGAUCUGCUGAAUUCACAGAUUCAGUGGAAGUACCUGCUGAACACCUGUGGGACCGACUUCCCCAUCAAAAGCAACGCAGAAAUGGUUCAGACGUUGAAGGCCCUCAACGGGAGGAACAGCAUGGAGUCGGAGGUGGCCAACAACUACAAGAAAGAUCGUUGGCUGUAUCAUUACAACGUGACUGAUACUGUGGUCAAGACGAAUGUGAAGAAGAGUCCCCCGCCCAUCGGCAGCACCAUGUUCACAGGAAACGCUUACUUUGUGGUCAGCAGAGCCUUUGUGGAGCACGUGAUGCAGGACAGAGAGGUUCAGCAACUCCUGGAGUGGGAGAGGGACACAUACAGCCCUGAUGAGCACUUGUGGGCCACUCUGCAGCGAAUGCCCUCCGUGCCCGGAUCAGCGCCCGCCAACAUCAAGUACGAUGUGUCAGACAUGCAAGCCCUCGCUCGGGCGGUGAAGUGGAGCUAUCUAGAAGGAGAUGUGAAAAAAGGAGCCCCGUACCCCCCUUGCAUGGGUGCACACCGGAGAGCCGUCUGUGUGUACGGAGCUGGUGACCUCCCCUGGCUACUGAGACAAAAUCAUCUCUUUGCAAAUAAGUUUGAUCCUGAUGUUGAUGAUGUUGCUAUUAGAUGUAUUGAGGCAGUUCUGCGUUUGAAGGCUACGAUAUGACAUUUUGUAUAUAUUAAGAUCUAUAUAUUGUGAAGCUAGAAUACGAAUGCUUAUAUUAUUGUCAAGAUAUUGUUACGGGUCUAGCCAAGAAAUCAGAAUUUUUUAUAAAAAUGAUUUUAAUGGAAUCUGUAUUUGGUGUGGCAUCUAGUGGACAGUCAAAGGAAGAGCUGUUUAAAGCAAAAAACAAACACACGACUUAAUACAUAAUUAUUUCAAUCUUGUCAGAUGUACUUGAUACAUUGGUGUACUUUGGUCAUUUUACAAAUAUGUUACCCCAGCAUAAAUGGAAUGAAAAGAUACAAAACAAUGAGGUGGAUCAAUGGGUUUACUUGAAGAAAAUAUUAAAUUAAGACCUACAUCUUUGCUUUAGAUUGUUGCUCUCAUAAAUGCUUUCCAUCCACAAAAGCAAAGGGAAAGUUCAAGUGAAGGGAAACUUUUACCUGGGCAAGAUUUUAAUUUGGAGAACAUCAGCAGUGAACAUUGAAAAAAGGUGCUGUCAGAAGGUGUUCUAUGAAACGAUAG